GCUCGAGUCCAGCGCUCAUAAUAACGCCAAGAGAAACUCCAGAGAGCAGCACAAGAGAUGAGACCGCUAUCCUGACCCAAACCUCCGACUCACACUCUAUAAACUCGCCUGCAUGCGUUGACUUUAGUUUGCACGUCGUUUAAAUGUAGUUUUCUCUUCAGUUCUCAGACUAUUGCGCACUUUUGGUUACUUUUCCAAAGUUCUCACCGGACUGACUCUCAGCACUGAGGAUGCCCAACAGAAUGACGGAGCUCCCUACGCGGAAAAUACGCGCUUUGGAUGUGUUUGUGUGCUUGUGUUCGGUUUCUCUGGCUUAUUCCUUCAACGUUGAUCUACAAUAUCCAGUGGUUUUCCGAGGACCAGAUGCGACGUUUUUCGGAUAUUCCGUCCUGGAACACGUCCAUGAUAACACACGCUGGAUUGUGGUUGGGGCUCCCAGAGCAAACUCAUCAUUCAGCAGUUCAGUUCAGUCGCCUGGAGCCGUUUACAAGUGCCGGAUCCGCAACAACCCGGAGCAGCGCUGCACUGAGAUGGACCUGGGCAGAGGAAAUAAGCGGAGGGAGUCUUGCGGGAAGACGUGUCAAGGCGACAGGAACGACGAGUGGAUGGGGGUCAGUCUGGCUCGACAGGAUAAAGCCAAUGGCAAAAUUUUGGCCUGCGCUCACCGCUGGAAGAAUGUAUACUAUGAAUCUGAGUAUAUUCUCCCGCACGGAUACUGCUCCAUCAUCCCAGCCAAUCUUCAGGGCAAAUCACAGCCUCUUAUACCGUGCUAUGAAGACCAUAAGAAGACCUAUGGGGAAGAACACGGCUCGUGCCAAGCCGGGAUCGCAGGCGUUUUCACUGAGGAGCUGGUUGUAAUGGGUGCACCUGGUUCUUACUAUUGGACCGGAACGGUCAAAGUGUUUAACAUGACAUCCAAUACUCACUACAACCUUAAUCAAGACGACCUGAGCCCUCGCAGAUACAGUUACCUCGGUUAUGCCGUGACUGCAGGACACUUUUCCUCCCCGAACACAAUAGACGUGGCGGCUGGAGCUCCUCAAGACAGCGGUGGAGGAAAAGUUUACGUCUUCAGAAUUGAGGGAACGGCUCUUGUGAAGAUCUUUCAAGCCUCAGGGAAAAUGAUGGGCUCUUACUUUGGCUCCUCAUUGUGUGCAGUUGACCUGAACGCGGACGGACUGUCGGACUUGCUGGUGGGAGCACCAAUGCACAGCGAGAUCCGGGACGAAGGCCAGGUUUCUGUUUACCUCAGCAGUGGCAACGGAGUAAUGGAGGAAGUUGCGAUAUUGAAUGGUGAUAAUGCAUAUAACGCUCAUUUUGGAGAGUGCAUCACGUCUCUCGGGGACAUCGAUGACGAUGGCUAUCAAGAUGUGGCGAUCGGAGCUCCUGAAGAGGAUGACUAUGGGGGAGCUGUUUACAUCUAUCAUGGAGAUGCCAGAGGAAUAGUUAACAAGUAUUCAAUGAGAUUGUCUGGACGGAGCAUCAACCCCACCCUUCAAAUGUUCGGCCAGUCAAUAUCCGGCAAUGUGGACAUGGAUGGAAACGGAUAUCCAGAUGUGACGAUCGGUGCAUUCAUGGCUGACAGUGUGGUUUUGUUAAGGUCGAGGCCAGUGAUCUCUGUGGAUGUGUCCAUCUUUCUGCCUGUCUCUAUAAACAUCACAGUCCCGCAGUGUCAUGAGGGUCCUCAGCAUCUCAACUGCUUCAAUGUCACCGUCUGCAUGAGCUUUAGAGGAAAACAUGUACCUGGACACAUCGAGUUGCUGUACAAUCUAACAGCAGAUUCGGAUAAGAGACACAAAGGGCUGCCACCGCGGGCGUAUUUUGGAAAUGGUGGCGAGCAAACAGGUGUUGUAAGUCAGAGAUUCAACCUGGAAAUCCACCGACAGCAGUGCCAUCAGUACACAGCAUUUGUACGGAAAGAAGUGAAGGAUGUUUUUGCCGCCAUCGUGUUUGAGGCAGCCUAUAGUUUAGGAAAACAUAUCGUGGAUGAACAUCAGGACCGAGAUCUUCCCGCUCUGACUCCUAUAUUACGCUGGAAAAAAGGAGAGAAGAUCGCAGCGAAAAAUGAGACGUGGUUUGAGAAAAACUGUCUAUCAGAUGACUGCGCCGCUGACCUCCAGCUUCAUGGGAAACUGCUGCUGUCUGGGCGUUACAUCAGUUCUCAUCUGGCUCUUGGUGGAGUCAAAAAUGUCUCAUUAAAUCUGACCAUCUCUAACGCUGGAGACGACGCUUACGACACCAACAUUUACUUCAACUUCUCCAGAGAGGUUCAUUAUAUCAACUUUCUGCAAAGAGAAGAAAAGGGCAUUUCCUGUAUGCUGGUAGAGCUGGACUUCCUCAAGUGUAGCGUUGGCUUUCCUUUCAUGAGGGCACAAACCAAGUACCAUAUAUCUGCGCUUUUUGACACGAGUCGUCUUUCUGGUGAAAAUGAAACGCUGCUGUUUUUGGUGCACGCUAGAAGUGCCAAUCCAGAACAUGACAACACUCUUCAUGAUAACACAUUGGAGUUAUCCAUCCCGCUGGUACAUGAAGUGGACACAACAAUCACAGGUGUGGUCAACCCUACAUCUUUUGUGUAUGGAAACUCAGUGGACCGAUCACGCUUCGUCCAGCUGGAGGACAUGGAGUGCAGCUUUCAGCCGCUUAACUUCACUUUUCAGGUGAUAAACAAUGGACCCAGCAGACUUCCAGGCUCCAGGGUGGACAUCAGGAUCCCCCACCGGCUGGCUGGCAGCGGACCUGACAUGUUCCAUAUCAUUGACACACAAGUGUCAGACGCUCGAGGGAACUGCACAUGGCACAGAAACCCCAAACCCUGCACAAUCCCGCAGGACAAAGAGAGCAUCUUCCACACCAUCUUCGCCUUCUUCACCAAAUCUGGCAGAAAAGUUCUGGACUGUGAUCGGCCCGGUCGAGCGUGUUUGACUAUUUCCUGCAGUCUCGGCUCUCAGGCUAAAGAAGAAGCCACAAGUAUAGAUGUGCAAAUGCUACUGAACACUGAAAUACUGCAGAGGGACAGCUCCUCUGUGAUCCAGUUUGUGACUCGAGGUCACGUCCAGCUGGACGACAGGGCCGUGGAGGUCUCAAGCGGACUUCCAGAUGAUAUUUCUCUGGUGAUGGAGGCUCUGCACAGUCAGGAGCCACGGGGUUAUGUGGUGGGCUGGAUCAUCGCCAUCAGUCUGCUGGUGGGAAUCCUCAUCUUCCUGCUGCUGGCGGUGCUGCUCUGGAAGAUGGGAUUCUUCAGGAGGCAUUACCGAGAGAUCAUAGAAGCGGAAAAGAACAGGAAGGACAGCGAUGAAAGCUGGGAUUGGGUCCAGAAGAGCCAAUGAAAGCUUGGAUUGGGUUCAGAAAAUCCAGUAAGCUGCUACCUUCACCACGGCCCUCCAGCCUUCCAUAUGUGGAAGAAAAGAAUAUUCUCCCGAUUUUCCGGAGGUUUGACACUUUGUAUUUUCGUUGUUGUUGUUUGGUUGACGUUUGGAAGAGACAGAAAAGACUCACAGUGGAUUCCAUUGAUCCCAAUGGGAAAAGCCUCUUGCCGAUGGGUCUGAAGAGACGGAAAGAGAGAUUUCCUGGAACGGAUGUGGAUAUUGUGUCAAUACUAGCAGACAAUUACAACCCUCAGGGCGCUGUUGAAAAAGCAAAAAUCUAUUUUUUAUAAAAUGUAUUCCAUACUGUAUAAAAGAAAAGAGCUUCAAGAGAUGUUUUCAAAGCACUGAUGACUAAAGAGCGGGCGUUAUUCCUGAUGUUACGGUGCUUUUCAGAUAAAGACAAACUGCACCUCUUUAUCCUCUAUUCAUUCACAGAUAAUGCAGAUCAAAGGUCCUUCAUUUGGGAAACUCUUGAGUUACUUUGGAGUGUUUGCAUGACUGAUUUCAACUAAAACAUUAUUGAUGGUCAUUUAUACAAUGAUGCCAUUUUGGGGACCUGACAAUGGAUUUUUUGAACGUCUAAUUAUUGUCUUUAGUACAUGGUUAAAGGAACACUCCUGCGUUGAGUUUGUCCCUUUUUAAAUCCAUUCACCUGAUCUCUGGGUCUGGCUGGAGGACUCUUAGCUUAGCAUAGAUAAUUGAAUCGGAUUAGACCGUUAGCAUCAAGAGUUUCAAUGAUCUUCCUAUUUAAAGCUUUGCUCUUGUGUAGUUACAUCAUGUACUAAGACGGACAGAAUAUGAAAAGAUGAUAUUUUCUAGGCUAAUACGGCUAGAAAUUCUACUCCCAUUCUUACGUAAUGAUCAGAAAACUGCGUGAUAUCAUUGAAAUAUCAAGUAUGAAAGAUUCUUGAUUCAAUGAUCUAUGCUAAACUAAGUGAUCCCGUCAGACAUGGCAAUUGGCUGAAUGAAUUGAAAAUUGGUAAAACUCUAUUGGGGAGCUGCAAAAUGAACCUAUCCGCUUGUUAAGUGGUGAUGUGUUGGUGACGUAUGUAAUACUGUUUCUGGGUCCAAGCCGCCACUCAUUUGAAUUGAGAAAAUAUUCUUUUAUGAUCACUUUUUAUUCAUAUCACAUUAAAGUGAAUUUUAUAUAAAGUCAUAGUGGACUCAACAAUCUCUGGGCUUGCUGCAUCACAAAAACCAACAUUUUAACAAUCUAAAAAACAAAUGAAUCACUUUCUGGCCAUCGGAUAUUAGGCAUGGAUAUAGAUAUAUAUAUAUAUAUAUAUAUAUAUAUUGAGAUCGUGAUUUUUGAAAGUAUUACAGCGCUUUGUAAUCGUUUAUUAUUACCAUUUGAUGAGUCUCCCCAUACAGUUUAAUAGAGCGAUUGGACCUGAAAGCCGCUUCGCGUGACGUCACACUUAACAAGUGGAUUGCCAAAUAAUAGAGGAGUAUUUCUUUAAAUAGUAAAGUUAUUGAAACUGGUCAAUUUUGAACAAUAUGCUAAUGGUCUAAUCUGAUUCAAUGAUCUAUGCUAAGCUAAAAGUCUUCUCGCCAGACAUUGAAAUCAGCUGGAUGAAUUAAAAAAUGGUUUAACUCAGCUGUUUAACUCUAUAGGAGAGCUGUACAGUGAACCUAAUACUAAAAUACUGUGCCUUUAAAUAGUUGUUGAAACUAGUAAAUUUUGAGCGAGAUGCUAAUGGUCUAAUCUGAUUCAAAUGAUCUAUGCUAAGCUAAGCUAAAAGUGCUCCUGCCAGACCUGGAGAUUGGCUGAAUGGAUUCAAAAUUGGUAAAACUCAGCUGUUUUACUGUAUAGAACAGCUGUAAAAUGAGUCUUCCUUUAAAUAGGAAAGAUAUUGAAACUGGAUCAGAUUAGACCAUUAACAUACCGCUUAAAAUGAUGAAAUAUCAAUGCUAAACUCAGCUAAAAGUGCCAUUGGCCAUAUGGAUUCAAAAAUGGUAAAACACAGCUGUUUAACUCUAGGAAAGCUCUAAAAUGAGCCUAUUACUAAAAUAGUGGAGUGUUCCACUGAAUAAGAGUUAUUGAAACUGGUAAUUUUUGAGCAAGAUGCUAAUGGUCUAAUCUGAUUCAAUGAUUGAUGCUAAGCUAAAAGACCUGAAGAUUGGCAGUAUGGAUUAAAAAUGGUUAAACUCAGAUGUUUAACACUAUGGGGAGCUGUAAAGCUAUUACUAAAAUAAAGGUGUUCUUUUAAAUAGGAAAUUUAUUGAAAAUAGCCUAUUUUGAGCAAGAUGCUAAUGGUCUAAUCUGAUUCAAUAAUCUAUGCUAAGCUAAACUAAAAGUACUCCCACCAGACUCGAAGACUGGCCGUAUGGAUUAAAAACUUGUAAAACUCAGCUGUUAAACUCUACGGGGACCAGUAAAAUGAGCCUAUUACUAAAAUAAAGGUGUUCUUUUAAAUAGGAAAGUUAUUGAAACUAGUCAAUUUUGAGCGAGAUGCUAAUGGUCUAAUCUAAUUUAAUAAUCUAUGCUAUGCUAAACUAAGCUUAAAUACCUGAAGAUUGGCCACAUGGUUUAACAAAUGGUUAAAGUCAGCUGUUUAACUCUAUGGGGAGCUAUAAAAGCUAUUACUAAUAUAAAGGUGUUCUUUUAAAUAGGAAAUUUAUUGAAACUAGUCAAUUUUGAGCAAGAUGCUAAUGGUCUAAUCUGACUCAAUGAUCUAUGCUAAGCUAAGCUAAAAGUACUCUCACCAGACCCGAAGAUUGGCUGAAUGGAUUAAAAAAAUGGUUAAACUCUGCUGUUUUACUCUAUAGAGAGCUGUAAAAUGAGCCUAUUACUAAAAAAAGGUGUUCCUUCAAAUGGGAUGGUUAUUAAAACUAGUCAAUUUUGAGCAAGAUGCUAAUGGUCUAAUCUAAUUUAAUAAUCUAUGCUAAGCUAAAAGUGCUCCCGCCAGACCCUAAGAUUGGCUGAAUGGAUUUAAAAAUGGUAAAACUCAAAUGUUUAACUCUAGAAAAAAAGCUAUUUCCCCCCAAAAAUGUGUUCCUUUAAUAUGUAAAUGUACCCUGAAUGUCAUGUGGAUAAACGGUAAUUGCAAAACACAAAAUCAGCAUCAUUGUAACUGCUCGAGUUGUUCAUUUCAGUCCAGGUGUACUAAAAAACAUACAUUCUUAGCUCAAACACUUAGUUUUGUUCAUUAUAUGUGAAAUUCACAGCUUGGAGCAUCAUUUGUACUGCACUGGAUACUGACCCACUGAAAGAUGCACGUUAUUCCAAAGUACUUCACCUUCUUCCACCAAAAAUAUAUGACUUACUUUUUACCUUAUUUUCCAACUACCUAUCAAAUAUCUCCACAAUCUUAGUCCAUUCAUAACCAGUGAAAUCAAAUCCUCUCAGAAAUGUCGCAAUUAGUUUGACUUCAGGACGUCGAGAUAAACACUCAUCUGCAGAACGUUAUAUAAGAGACACAUUCCAGGUCGGCUCACUAUUAAAACACUUUAAAUCUGCCAAAUAUUCUGCAAACAUUCGGACUGGAUUUACAAGCAUGUUCUGCAUAUUUUCUUCCACAGUAAACAUGACGUCAUACUGUAUGUCUCCUGUUUUUUUAAACACAUUUCUUUUUUUGAAGACUGCAGAGACCCAGGUUUAAACCAGACUAAAUAUAGAUGAGAAUGUGCAGUAUUCAUCACUGAAGCUCAUGGGAACAGCUUGUUUGAAGUCAACAUUUUGGACGUCGCAUUCAUUCUGCUUCAACACUCAAACUGAGCUUGAAAAUAGUUUGUUUCUUAGGUUUACUGAUUAAACUUGGUUGCGUGUUUAUCUACAUCAGGGGUCACCGAUCUCGGUGUCCCUGCAGAGUUUAGCUCUAUCUAGCCUCACCACACCUGCCUGGAUGUUUCAAGUAUGCCUAGUAAGACCUUGAUUAGCUUGUUUAGGUAUGUUUGAUUAGGGUCGGAGCUAAAAUCUGCAGUACACCAGCCCUCCAGGUAUAAGUUUGGUCACCCCUGAUCUACAUCUCUCAUUUUAAGAGGGUUUGUUUGAAAGCGACAUUUUUAUUGGCAUUUACCGAUUGGAUAUCACAUGAUUUCUUGACAAAAAUGUAUUGUUAGUUUGAUCAAUAAUCUUUCCCAGUACUGGGUUGCCGCUGGAAGGGCAUCCGCUGCGUAAAACAUAUGCUGGAAUAGUUGGCGGUUCAUUCCACUGUGGUGACCCUUGAUAAAUAAGGGACUAAUCUGGAGGUAAAUGAUAUAAUGAAUGAUCAAUAAUCACCACUUGCAUGGCAAAAACACGUCUGCAUUUCUAACCUGAUCCUUCAUAGGUGUUUUUUUUUUUAUUCAGAGAGACUUGACAUUGUAAGUGUGUAUCAUAACUGUGAGUGUUGUUGCCAUUAUCACCUAUUUUGAGCAUUUUAGAAUAAACUACUGUCACUGAAUUUCAGUUGUAUAGAUGUAUUGAGAAAUAUGUUUGUUGUACAAGCUCAAGCUGUAUAUUUAUCUCUUGAAACUGCCAUUUUCAAAUUAAAAAUCACAAACAGA